AUGUCCUCUCCCACAACCUUUGUGCAAGGCUCCGAGGAGCCCAAAGCAGGGCGAGCCGACCUCCAAGCAGAGGCCCACUGUCCCGUCUGUAAGAAGUACUUCAAGGACCCAGUGACCAUCGGGUGUGGGCACAACUUCUGUCUCACCUGCAUCCGUGAAUUCUGGAAGGAUCUCAAGGAUUGUUUUCCCUGCCCUGUUUGCCACUUUAACUGUCCAGAAAGGAGUUUUCGGAGUAAUAGACAGCUGGGCAAGAUGACCAAAGUUGCCACGCCGCUCACUGUAAAAAAGACCAAGAAGAGAAAGCUGGAAGAGGAGUGUUCCUGUGAGAUACGCCAAAAGCUUCCGGCCAUUUCCUGUGAGAAGGACCAACAGCUUCCGGCCACUUCCUGUGAGAAGGACCAACAGCUUCCGGCCACUUCCUGUGAGAAGGACCAACAGCUCCUGGCCACUUCCUGUGAAAAGGACCAACAGCUUCCGACCACUUCCUGCGAGAAGGACCAACAGCUUCAGCUUCCAAUCACUUCCUGUGAGAAGGACCAACAGCUCCAGCUCCCAACCAUUUCCUGUGAGAAGGACCAACAGCUCCCGGCCACUUCCUGUGAGAAGGACCAACAGCUCCAGCUCCCAACCAUUUCCUGUGAAAAGGACCAACAGCUCCCGGCCACUUCCUGUGAGAAGGACCAACAGCUCCAGCUCCCGGCCACUUCCUGUGAGAAGGACCAACAACUUCAGCUUCCAGCCACUUCCUGUGAGAAGGACCAACAGCUCCAGCUUCCGGCCACUUCCUGUGAGAAGGACCAACAGCUCCAGCUUCCGGCCACUUCCUGUGAGAAGGACCAACAGCUUCAGCUUCCGGCCACUUCCUGUGAGAAGGACCAACAGCUCCCGGCCACUUCCUGUGAGAAGGACCAACAGCUUCCGGCCACUUCCUGUGAAAAGGACAAACAGCUCCCGGCCACUUCCUGUGAAAAGGACCAACAGCUCCCGGCCACUUCCUGUGAGAAGGACCAACAGCUCCCGGCCACUUCCUGUGAGAAGGACCAACAGCUCCCGGCCACUUCCUGUGAGAAGGACCAACAGCUCCAGCUCCCAACCAUUUCCUGUGAGAAGGACCAACAGCUCCCGGCCACUUCCUGCGAGAAGGACCAACAGCUUCAGCUUCCGGCCACUUCCUGCGAGAAGGACCAACAGCUUCAGCUUCCGGCCACUUCCUGUGAGAAGGACCAACAGCUUCAGCUUCCGGUCACUUCCUGUGAGAAGGACCAACAGCUCCCGGCCACUUCCUGCGAGAAGGACCAACAACUUCAGCUUCCAGCCACUUCCUGUGAGAAGGACCAACAGCUCCAGCUUCUGGUCACUUCCUGUGAGAAGGACCAACAGCUCCCAGCCACUUCCUGUGAGAAGGACCAACAGCUUCAGCUUCCGGCCACUUCCUGUGAGAAGGACCAACAGCUCCCGGCCACUUCCUCUCCCGGACCAACAGCCCCUGCCACUUCCUGCGAAGAGGACCACGAGGUUCCCUGUCCACCGCGCAGCCUCGUCCCCAGCCCCUCGGGGGACUCCGUGUGGCCCACAGAGAAGGCUGCCCUCGGUCCUGGGGAAUAUAUUGAGUGUUGCGUGAAGCUGUGGAGGGAGAAGGUGGAGCCGGAGGAGAGGACACCCUCACAAAGGAGGAGGUUGCUGGAACUGAAGAAGCGGGCGGAGCACCGACGGGAGGAGCUGGCGCUGGAAUACCAGCAGCACAGGCUGUGUCUCCGCGGGGAGCGGGAGAACGCGCUGGAGCGCUUACAAAUCGAAGAGGCGGCCGAAGCGGCCAAACUGCAGGAAAACCUGGCGAGGUUCUCAGACCACAUCGCUUCCCUCAAGUGUCUGUGGAGGAAGGUGAAGCGCAAGUACGUGAGGCCCGAGCUGGAGCUGCUGACCGGGCUGAAAGAUUGCUACGAGAGACCCGAUAGCUUCAGAUGCCCUGACGUACUCGCGUUCACACUGAAAGAAUACGGUUACCGGCUGCCUCCCCAGUGUUCCGGCUUGGACAGAAUUAUCAGGCGCUUUCAAGUUGAUGUGCGUCUGGAUCCCGGAACGGCAUACUGUAAACUUGCGGUCUCGGAAGAUAAAAAAGCUGUGCAGUAUGGAGGAAGGCAAAGGGUACCGUAUAGCUCGAAAAGGUUUCAGCGGUACCCUAUUAUUCUGGGGUCUGAGGGAUACAGUUCUGGCAGACAGUACUGGGAGGUAGACGUGGAAUGCAAAAACGAAUGGGUCGUGGGGGUCUGUAAGGAGCCCUUCCCCAGGAGCAGGCCUAGGAGCAGCAACAGUACUUUUCAACAGUACUCAGUGCAGGACGGAUUAUGGGCAGUUGGGCUAAACUACUGGGAAAAUUAUUUUGCACUGGGCCGUGAGAAAAUCAGUCUUCUGCCCAGUGUAGCACCUAAUAGGGUUGGGAUUUUUUUAGACUCCGAAAUGCAUGAGGUUUCAUUUUACAAUCUGCGUGAUAAGUCCCUUCUGUACAGUUUUAGCGACUGUGCUAGCGGUGCCCUUUGGCCUUAUUUCUACGUUGGAUAUCACUUAACACCCCUGAAGAUCUGCACAGUCGAAGAACCUGAGCCGUAAGAAGCCAUACAACCAGCCGAUCU